AGGGCGAAGCGGGGCAUGGCGGUGCCCGGAGGCGGCGGCGGGGGCUCGGCCCUGACGGUGACCGUCACCUACGGUAGUGAAAAACACAGUCUUCAGGUUGCUUCUCAAGAAGAAGACAGUCAGCCAACAGUACGCGAUAUGGCUCUCUUAAUUGAACAAGUAACCGGAGUUCCAAUUUCUUUUCAGAAACUGAUAUAUAAAGGAAAAUCCCUGAAAGAAAUGGAACAGCCAUUGGCAACAUUUGGAGUUAAAAAUGGUUGUAAAGUCAUGCUGAUUGGAAAAAGGAAUAGUCCAGAAGAAGAGACUGAAUUAAAGAAAUUGAAAGAUUUGGAGAAAUCUGUGGAACAAAUAGCAAAGAAAAUAGAGGAUGUUAAUAAAGAGCUUGGAGGUAUUCAAAAAGGAUUUCUAGCAAAGAAUCUUCAAACUGAAGCUCUUAACCAGUUGGACAAGCGGAUCAAGGGAACUGCUGAACAGUUUAUGAAGAUUCUGGAACAAAUUGAUGCCAUUACUCUCCCAGACAACUUCAGUGACUGUAAACAGAAAAAGAAGGGGCUAGUGAAAAAAGUUCAGGGUUUCCUUGCACAGUGUGAUACAGUGGAAGGCAGUAUUGGUCAAGAAAUUGAUAAACUGCAGUUGAAGAACAUGGCCCUGGCAGAAUGAGGCAUUAUUUUAAGUAACUAGGAGAAAUAAUUGCUCUGUGAGCAAGAAGAAGAGUUUGCUCUUGAUUUUGGAGCACCUGUUUAGUAUUCAAAAAUUUAUUUUAAGCAGAGUCCAGUAAUCCUGUUGCAUGUUGACCAUUGCUUACUGAUUGUCACGUGUUCUGCUUAGGUGUAAAGCUCUUCUUUCCAAAAAACAAUACAAAACAUUCUGCUGUUUUUCUUGACUAUAUUUCAAAACAUGUUUCAGCUAAACUACAUGUUGCUUUCCUUCAUUAAUUGUUCAGAGCAACUACUGUAACUAUGAUGCUGUUAAGUAAAAUUGUAUGUGUUCUCAGAUGUAGGAAAGAUUUAACCACCUGAGGUUUUAUCUGUCUUACUUUCACGAUGCCUAAAUUUGAAUGUACUGUAAGAUGUAUUAUGCUUUUAACUAGUGGCUGAACAUUGAUAAGGUCCUUGAUGGUCAUUUUUACAUACUUGUUAUAUAUUGUGUAUAUGUUCUGUGUUCACUUUGGGUAGUGCAAGACAUUCUGGAGCAGGAAAUUCCUUCUAUCAGACUUCCUGUCUCCUACAGUGGGCGAGGGGGGCAGAGUUAGUCACAUGAAUGGUGCAUGUGGCACAACAGCCUCACCAGUUUGGCCUAUGCCAGCUACUUGGUUAGCCAUGUGCUUCACAGUAGUGGAGGCUGCUGAGCAAAACAUUGAUUCCCCUGUGCAGCAGCCUAUCCCUAUCCCACCUAUCCCAGAUUCUCUCUCCCAUACAGCUAGCAAAGGCAAAUACACCAGUUUUACGCAUAGCUACCCUUAGGAAGUCUCAGCAACAUGCAGGCAAGCAGCUUGGCACGUGUGCCUGCUCAGUGCGGGGAGGAAGCAACAUAAGCAGCAACUGCUCAGGAUGAUCCCCUCCGUUCUCUGAUGGUAUCCAUUGGAAAGGUUAUGGUGGGGGGGGGGGUUCCCAUUCUAAUGCCCUCCAGCUGCUGGGCACCACAGGACUCCACACCUUGAACCACAAAGUACACAACCCUGCAAAAAUGCAAUCAGAGGGAAGAGGGUGUGAUUGCUGGCAAUUGCUAUCCUGCCUGCAUUAAGAUGACAGAGAAUGCUUUUCUUAACAUGGCAUGCUGCUGAAUCAGGCUAAGCUAAGCAGCAGUAGUGGGCCGAGAACAUCGGCAUCAGCAAAAAGUGGCAAGUUGUCUCACCUGCUUCUCCUGUGUAAGAUGAGGAAGCCCUUUCCACAGUGUAACCUGGUGUUAGAACCUAUUAUAAGCAAGGAGGAGGGAGAGCCCUCUGGGAAGAAGCCCAGAGAACCAGAGUCUAUGUCUACCUCUUUAUUUGCCCCAGAGAAUUUCCAGGCCCUGCUGCUCAAAGCAGUUAUGAAGCCUAGAGGCGGCAAGUAGAUGUAUGCAAGCCAGGGGAAGCCUGUGAAGGAAUUUGUAAUUCUAGCUGGAACUCUGUGAAUCUCAAAUGAAAGGAAGAGGAGUGGGAUUCCCCCACCCCUUUUAGCAAAUCAACUCAGGAAUGAUCAUGUUAUGCUACCUACCCAAGAGCUGUCCAGAGACCUUUCCUUCCAAUAAAGGAAAGGGGUUGCAAGAGACUGAACAAAUGGAUUUGCCCCUUGCAAAUUCCAUGAGGCUUCUGCUAUCUGUAAUGUCCUCUUCUUUUCACCAAAGCCUUAAAAAUGUGGACGUACAAGUUCUUUCAGUUCACCACCAGAGCAAUGGACUGAGUUGUCUUACUCAGAUGCAAGUUUUAAGCUCAGAAAGUUGGUCAGUAGUCCAGGCUUCAACUAAAUUCAAAGUAGCCAACCCCCUUGCUGCCACAUGGGAAAAAUCUUAAAGAUAUAAAAACAAAAGAUGAAACACCUUCCUCAAAUUAAAGUGUAUCGGAGAUGCUCGUGGCCAAAGGGGGGGUGGCAUUGCAGCAGCAGUAUUCUCUAGUCACAAGGGGUUGGUCAGACUCCUGGGGUUGGGGGCAGUAGCAAAUGGCAGGCUGUCACUAAUGGGGAAAGGAUAUUGACAAAAUUCUAUCUGGUAUAAGACUAGCAUAUUCCAGAGACUAUCAGGUAAGGAAAUGGUAAACAUCAGAUAUGUGCUUGAUUUCCCCUCCCUCCCCCCUGGUUUGCUGCACAGGAGCUUCUCUCAGGACAGAGCUACCAGGAAAAUAUACCUGCCGCUAGCUGCUAUCUCAUUUCAUGAACAUCAGGAUGAUAGAGCCAGUACCAUCCAAAGAGAGAAGUUCUUUGGCAUUUUAUAUAUUUUACAAUGCGAAAAAAUAUGGAAACUGGAGAGCUAUUCUGGAUCUCAGAAUUCUUGAAUAAACAUCUAAAUUGCAA